AUGUCAGGACAUUCUUUAAUUACUAAAGAUCCUACUAAACUAGAGAAAUUACUUAUUUUUGCACAGAAAGGAGGUAUUGGAAAAGGAAUUGCUAAUCAAGAUAUUACAGCAAGUGAUGAAAAUGAUUUAAUUUUUCUUUUACCUUCUGAUGCUAUUCAAACUCAUAUAAAACAAUCACCCAAAAAAAUUCAAAACCCACCAAAGAGAUUAUCCAGUUUACCAAAAGAUUCCAUUACCCCCAUACCCAUCAUCACAACCACCCCAAAUCCAAUUAACAACGGAAUUGAUAAUGAAAAAAAUCAUGGUAGAAUAUCACCUGGUUUAAAAAUAAACAAUUCUUCACCAGUUCCUCCUACUCAUAAAGGGCCUGAAAUAAUCAUUAAUGCAUUAUCUGAUAAAGAUACUGAGAUAAAUCAAACUUAUGGACUGAAUUCGAGAAAUUUAAACAAUAAUGAUAACAGAAUGCAAGUAUCACCCAGAACCUCACCUGCAUCCUCGCCAAAAUCAGCACAUUCUAAAUCAAUCAAUCAAUACUCAUAUAAUGGCCAACAUUCACCAAGAAGUGCAUCUCCUAUCUCACAAAACUCUAUAAACAAUUAUAAUAAUGUUUCAGAGUAUCAAAUGAAUCAAUCAAUGAAUCCAAACAUUAUUUCUAAUAAAGUAGAUUAUGCACCACAAACACUUCAAACACCUAAUGAACCAUUAAGUGCUUACGAAAGUGAUGUUACCACUGAUGACGAGACAGAGUAUAUAGAUAGAAAGGAAUUCAAUAAUUCCGCAAAUUCAAAUGAAUCUAAAAGCAUAAAAAAGAAAAAAGAUCAAAUUCUUGCAAUUGAUGAAUAUGGUUUUGUUUAUGAUGUUUCUGAAGAAGAAAUCCCACCAGGAGCUGAUCGAAUUAAAAGAAUAAUACAAGCUCCCGGUACGGAGGAAAAAACUACACGAGUUAUUCGAUUAUAUCGUGAACGUGAGGCUAAAUGGUUGGCUAUUCUUGGUACUAUGGAUCCUAAUAUGGCAAGAGAUUCAAGAAAAAUUAAAAAAUUGGUACGCCUAGGUGUUCCAGAAUCUGUUCGUGGAAAAUCAUGGCAAUUUAUGGCAGGUGCUGACAAGUAUAGAAAGUCAAAAUAUUAUGAUGAACUUCGAAAUCGUCCUGAGCUCCCAAUAUAUGAUGUGAUUGAGAGAGACAUAAACAGAUGUUAUCCUGAUCACAUUCAAUUUCGUAAAGAGACAGGUUCAGGACAAGAAGAUCUUCAUGAUAUUCUUAGAGCAUAUGCACACUAUAAUCCAGAUAUAGGAUAUUGUCAGGGGAUGGGACGAUUGGUUGGAAUGAUGCUUAUGCAAAUGCCAGCAGAAGAUACAUUUUGGCUUCUUGUGGCUACAAUUGAUGGAUAUAUGAGUGGCUAUUAUACACCUACUUUAACACAAAUACGCAUUGAUGCUUUUGUAUUUGAACAACUUUUAGCUGAGCAUGAUCCUAAAUUAUCACAACAUUUGAUUGAUAAUGAUAUAAUUCCAUUAAUUUAUAUGACACAAUGGUUUAUGACAUUGUUUACAAUGACAUUACCGUGGGCAUCAGUAUUACGAGUUUGGGAUAUAUUUUAUUUUGAGGGCACAAACCUAUUUUUUAGAGUAGGAUUGGCAAUAUUAGAUUGUGUUCGUGAUCAUAUUCUUAAGAGUUGUCCAACAAGUUCAGAAAUUUUAUCAUUUAUAUUACACAUCCCACAUGAAUUAUUAACACCAGAUCCACUUUUGGAGGCAACAUUUAAAAUCAAAUUAAAAGGUAGUGUAAUUAGAAGAUUGGCUAAAAAAGCAGCGAUGAUUGAAUCAGGAAAAGAAAACAACAACAAUAACAGCGAGUCUGCAGAUAAAAGCAGCAGUAAUAAUAAUACUAGUGCUAGUAAAAAAUUAAAACAAUCUAAAAGUUCAGAAAAUGUAAAAGUUAACGGUGUAGAAUUUAAAUUAGUUGGUGAAUAA